AGGCGCGUCUAUCCCAGGAUUGUUUUCCGGUCUUGGAAAGUCAGGGCGAGGGCGCCGAGGACGCGCGGAGAGAGCGAGCGAGCGGGGCAACCCCUUGCUUGUUCCAGUCGCCAUGGGUUUCUUGCGGCGCUUGUUUCUGCUGUGCCUCCCGCUGCUCCUCUCGACGCUGAGUAGCAUCGUCCUGGGCACUCUGGCGACCGCGGGGCAAGGAAUGGGGUGUCAGAAGUACACAAAUAAAACUUGUGAGGAAUGUCUGAAAAAUGUCACAUGUUUAUGGUGCAGCAGCAGCAAAAAAUGCAUGGAGUAUCCGGUUCGGAAUAUCCUCCCUCCAAGUUCUCUUUGCGAGUUGAGCUCUGCACGCUGGGGUGUAUGUUGGGUGAAUUUUGAAGCACUGAUCAUUACAAUGUCUGUGGUGGGAGGAACAAUCCUUAUCACACUUUUCGUCUGUUGCUGUUUCUGUUGCAGGAAAAAAAAGAACAGAAAGGCCGAUAAAGAGGAUGAAAAGGCUGCCAGGGAGAGAGAGCAAAGGAGAGUUCGGCAGGAAGAAAGGAGAGCAGAGAUGAAAUCUAGACAUGAUGAAAUCCGGAAAAAAUAUGGUUUGUUUAAAGAAGAGAAUCCAUAUGCCAAAUUUGAAAAUAACUAAGAUUUCUUUUGAAAUGUCCAAAUACCAUCUGGCAGUGCUGUCUGUAUAAUGUACAGUUGUGGAAAGAUCUGUACUUUAGACGCCUUAAUUGCAAAUAGAAAAAUGGUCCUAAUGCAAGAUGGAGCCAACCAUAAUUACAGUGAGCUGUUAACAAAGACUGAGAUUAAUGAACAAACCAACAUACCUCUAAAACUCUGGAGGCUGCAAUAUAUUCAUGUUAUUUUUUUUGUCUAGCUGUUAAGUAGAUGCUUGUGCUACUACAAUAUUUUAUUUUUACUGUGCAUUCUUUAUUUGCCAGCAAAGUCUUAAAACAAAUUUAUUCAUGAAUUGGGGCGGAAUGGUGCACAUACUGUAUCCUUCUGUGACCAACAGUUGGUAGCCAUUCUAAUGUUAAUACUGGAAAUAAGACAAGGUUUUUAAGAUCCUUGUAUAUACUUAGGAAUUUCCUGUACAAAAAGAUCAUAAGCUUUAAUACAUUCUCUGGCAAAAGUGACUAAAUCAUUCCAGAAAGAAACUGUUCCCAAUAUACAUUUUUAAAUCAUGGAAUCUUAAGGGUUUGUACUUUUAUAAAUUGAUUCUAUGUUUCUUUGCAAAAUAGGUAUAGUCCUCCUGAUUUUGUGCCUUAAAAAAUUGCUACCAUAGAAAUAAUUAAAACUGAAUGUUAAUAAGAGUUUGAUAUAGCUAUAGCUUUUAUACUGGCGCUCAUUAGACAUAUGCCAGCAUUUAAAGGGUAAAAGUUCAGCUAUAUUCAGUCUUCUUGAAUUACUUAACAUUCUUGUAAUACAAAUUUGCCAAACCCUUUAGUGUAUGUGUAUCACAUUGUAUCCUUAUGUAUUCAAGUGGUAACUUAUUGUAUAAUGUCAGAAAGAAUGCCCCUCAUAACCACAAUAGACAUUUAUCAACCUUAAGUCUUACUGAUAAAAUCUUUUGCUUUGAUACAAUAGCCUGUUUUCAGGCAAUUCCACAUAUUGAGCCUUACGCACUGGAGGGUGAAAUGUGUAUUUUUUUUCCGACGAGGCAUAUUAAGACUAAGAAAAACAGAUUUUGUAAUAUUUAAUGUUAAUUGGAAGAGUGAAAUAACUUUUGGGGAAAAAAAUUGGAGGAUGGCUUUUUAGAAAAGAAAAAAUACUUACAGAUUUUUUUUCUGAGCAUUUUUACUUGAACUCUUUACCUACUAGAGAAAUGAAUGAAAGAAACUAAAACCUCAACAUAGAACUUCGUGAAGAAUAUGGAACAACAUUAGCAUUACUUCUUAAUCUAAAGAGGAUUAAAUAAAAUGCUCAU